AUGAACGAUGUAAAAUAUACUGUCACGAAAGCUCUUCCCUUGUUUCUUUCAUCCACAUUCGACAUCCGUCCAUUUUCCCAACUUAAUCUAUCUUUUCUUUUCUUUUUUUGUUCUUUCAAAAGAACUCAACUUUCUUCUUUCUUUCCUUCUCUUAUUCGCUCUUCUUCUACCGAUAAGCCAUGUUCUUAUUUUCUUGAAAAGCUUAUUUUACCAACCAAUGCCCGUCCAUCUUCGCUGAACAAAACAGAAACCAGCCAAAGCAUAGAAACUUGUCGUUUGCGUCCGUUCAGUAAUCUAUCUAUCUAUCUAUCUAUCUAUCUAUCUAUCUAUCUAUCUAUCUAUCUCAGUCUGUUCAUAUCUAUCUAUCUAUCUAUCUAUCUAUCUAUCUAUCUAUCUAUCCCAGUCUGUUCAUAUCUAUCUAUCUAUAUAUCUAUCUAUCUAUCUAUCUAUCCCAGUCUGUUCAUAUCUAUCUAUCUAUCUAUCUAUCUAUCUAUCUAUCUGCUUUAA